GUCUUUGGAAAAUCUUUUGACUUUAUACCCCAUAAGACCAGGGUUGAUUUCUUGUAUCUUUGUAAUGUGUAACUUUAGAGAUGAGUGUUCAAGAAGGAAGAGGAUAAUGAGAAAAAUAUGUGUCUGCAAACUAUGGCCUGCAGGAUGUUCUUGUAAGGCUUGGGAGUGGUGAUUUACAAGUCAAGUUAAAAUGUCCCCAGAAGUGGCCUUGAACCGAAUAUCUCCAAUGCUUUCCCCUUUCAUAUCUAGCGUGGUCCGGAAUGGAAAAGUGGGACUGGAUGCUACAAACUGUUUGAGGAUAACUGACUUGAAAUCUGGCUGCACAUCAUUGACUCCUGGGCCCAACUGUGACCGAUUUAAACUGCACAUACCAUAUGCUGGAGAGACAUUAAAGUGGGAUAUCAUUUUCAAUGCCCAAUACCCAGAACUGCCUCCUGAUUUUAUCUUUGGAGAAGAUGCUGAAUUCCUGCCAGACCCCUCAGCUUUGCAGAAUCUUGCCUCCUGGAAUCCUUCAAAUCCUGAAUGUCUCUUACUUGUGGUGAAGGAACUUGUGCAACAAUAUCACCAAUUCCAAUGUAGCCGCCUCCGGGAGAGCUCCCGCCUCAUGUUUGAAUACCAGACAUUACUGGAAGAGCCACAGUAUGGAGAGAACAUGGAAAUUUAUGCUGGGAAAAAAAACAACUGGACUGGUGAAUUUUCAGCUCGUUUCCUUUUGAAGUUGCCCGUGGAUUUCAGCAAUAUCCCCACAUACCUUCUCAAGGAUGUAAAUGAAGACCCUGGAGAAGAUGUGGCCCUCCUCUCUGUUAGUUUUGAGGACACUGAAGCCACCCAGGUGUACCCCAAGCUGUACUUGUCACCUCGAAUUGAGCAUGCACUUGGAGGCUCCUCAGCUCUUCAUAUCCCAGCUUUUCCAGGAGGAGGAUGUCUCAUUGAUUACGUUCCUCAAGUAUGCCACCUGCUCACCAACAAGGUGCAGUACGUGAUUCAAGGGUAUCACAAAAGAAGAGAGUAUAUUGCUGCUUUUCUCAGUCACUUUGGCACAGGUGUCGUGGAAUAUGAUGCAGAAGGCUUUACAAAACUCACUCUGCUGCUGAUGUGGAAAGAUUUUUGUUUUCUUGUACACAUUGACCUGCCUCUGUUUUUCCCUCGAGACCAGCCAACUCUCACAUUUCAGUCCGUCUAUCACUUUACCAACAGUGGACAGCUUUACUCCCAGGCCCAAAAAAAUUAUCCGUACAGCCCCAGAUGGGAUGGAAAUGAAAUGGCCAAAAGAGCAAAGGCUUAUUUCAAAACCUUUGUCCCUCAGUUCCAGGAGGCAGCAUUUGCCAAUGGAAAGCUCUAGGAAACACCAGUCUUGAGAGGUGGCCAGCCAGCCUGCCUGUCCACAUGCGUGUCAGCACAUACAGCCGCUUCCUGGAAGCCGCCUGGAAUGUCUUCACGGCAGCGUUUUGCUCACACAGCAGCUUUGCACGCCCCAGGCAGCCCCAACUGCUGAAAUCCAACUUAAGCUGGCUGGUGGUCCCAGGAUCCUAGAGCCCUUCACUUCGGGUUACUCCCUCUUUCUUGCCUCUAUUUCUUAGUUGGAAGAAAUAAACUCACAAAUUAUGGUGCAGUAAUUUUCCGGGGAAAGUAAAGCCUCAGGAAUGCCCACGCCUUUCUUCCAAAGCCUUUGUCUCUGAGACCUCUUAAGUUCUAAGAUUAAAUGCCCCUCGCUGUUUUUCCUCUGAAA